UGUGCAGAGGAAACGUGGUGCUGCUGUGUGUGUGUUUGUUUCGCGGUGUCAUGGAGGAGCCGUGUGUGAGCAGGACCUUGACCCUGAUGGACGGGACCCUGAUGCCCGCUCUGGGUCUGGGCACGUGGAAGUCCUCCUUACUACCGCGCACCUCGGUCCAAGGUGCAGUGGAGACCGCCAUUGCAGCCGGAUACCGCCACAUAGACACCGCCUACAUCUACGGCAACGAAGCGGAGAUUGGGAAGGCUCUCAAAGCCAAGAUGCAGCAGGGCAUCUUCAGGCGCCAGGACAUGUUCAUCGUCAGUAAGCUGUGGUGUACUCAUCACGCCGCCAAGGACAUUCCUGUGUGUCUCAACAAGUCCCUGAAUGACCUCCAGCUGGACUACAUCGACCUUUACCUCGUGCACUUUCCUGUUGGCCUGAAGAAAAUGGCUGAGGAGCUUUUCCCAAAGAAAGACGGAGAGAUGUUGACCUCUGACAUAGACUACGUUGACGUGUGGAAGGGGAUGGAAGCGCUGCAGGCAUCAGGGAAGGUGAAGAACAUUGGCGUGUCCAACUUCAACGUCCUGCAGCUGCAGAGACUUCUCAGUCGGUGUCGCAUCCCUCCAGCAGUUAAUCAGGUGGAGCUCCAUCCCUACCUGGUUCAAACAGACCUGAUUGAAUUCUGUAAAUCCAAGAACAUCAUUCUGACUGCCUACAGCCCUUUUGGUUCACCUGCAAGACCCCCUGAACUACUGAGAGGAGAUAUGGAUCCACAUCGGCUCCUGGACGAUCCGGUGGUUGGAAGUAUAGCCAAGAAGCACAGACGCAGCCCGGCACAGGUCUUACUGAGGUACCACAUCCAGCAGGGCAUUGCUGUCAUCCCAAGGAGCGACAAACCUCAUCACAUCCUGGAAAACACAAAGAUUUUUGACUUCAGUCUGACUGAUGAAGACAUGAGCACCCUGAGAGGACUGGACCGGGGCUGGAAAUCCUGCGUCCUUGACCAAUUCAAGUCUCAUCCGUACUACCCCUUUGUCUGACGGCACCAGAACCAUGGACAGAGAAAAGAUCUGAACCUGUUCCACAAGCAUCAGCAGCCCCGUGCACGCCUUCAUGUGUGAGAAACACAGAUGUUUGAUCUGCAGUAAAUACC